GGGGUCCCGGAGCGGCCCCGGGCGGCGCGCGGCGAGACCGCCCCCUGCCGGCGGGGCGGGGGCGCAGCGGCCCCGCCCGCGUUGCCAUGGACGCCCCUGGCGGCGCGUGACGCUGCGGGGUUCGCCGCGCGCGGUGAUGACGUCGCCGCGGCCUCCACGUCGCCUGGCCGGCCAAGAUGGCGGCGGCGGACGGGAGCGGGGCGGGCGGCGCCGCGGGGCCGCUGUUUGCAGGUCUGGCGGAUGUGUCGAUAUCUGAAGACAUUCCCGUGGAGGGGGAGAUCACGGUUCCCGUGGGAUCGCACUCUCCCGAAGAUGAUUUCUCCACACUGGAUGAGCCCGUUAAGGACACUAUUAUGAGAGAUCUGAAGGCUGUUGGGAAGAAGUUUGUCCAUGUCAUGUACCCGAAGAAGAGCAGCGCGCUCCUCAGAGACUGGGAUCUCUGGGGCCCUUUGGUGCUUUGUGUCUCCCUUGCACUGAUGCUGCAGGGGGGCGCAGCAGACAGCAAAGACGACGGAGGGCCCCAGUUUGCCGAGGUCUUUGUCAUCAUCUGGUUUGGUGCCGUGGUCAUCACACUGAACUCAAAGCUUCUCGGAGGAACUAUCUCGUUCUUCCAGAGCCUGUGCGUGCUGGGUUACUGCGUGCUGCCCCUGACCGUGGCCAUGCUGGUGUGCAGGCUGGUGCUGCUGGCCGGCAACGGCACCGUCAGCUUCAUCAUCCGGCUCAUCGUCGUCGUCGCUAUGUUCGCCUGGUCAACGUUAGCAUCCACAGCGUUCCUGGCAGACAGUCAGCCCCCGAACCGCAAAGCCCUGGUCGUGUACCCCAUCUUCCUCUUCUACUUCGUCAUCAGCUGGAUGAUCCUCACCUUCACACCCCAGUGAUCUCCCAGCCCGAGAGAAGAGACUCUGAUACGGACUGGGGUUUUUUCAUGAACGCAGCAGUUAAUCAUUGGCUUUAUCUCUUUCUAAUUUAUAUAUAUAUAGAUAUUGUAAAAAGGCAGGUUAUGGGAUAAAGCCAGAGAACUGCAAAAAUUGGUCGUUUGUGUCCCUCUCUUUGAAAGAUACAGAAGUGCAGCUGCUGAGGGUUUUUUCUUUAGCCCUGCUCUUUAGUUGCGUUAAAUUAAAAGAUGUCCACCGUGACGGGGAUUAUUCUGCCUGAGGAACAGAGUGGGAGAUCCUGAAAUUCCAAGACGUUGGGUAGAUGAAGAUGAAGUCGCAGGAUCGCACGGCACGGUGGAAUUCUCGCUUGUGCUCGGAUUCUCACUGAAGAUGAAGAUGCCUUAUGAAAUAAUAGAACUUCGUUGCUGUUAUCUGUUGGGUAGGGAAGAAACGUGUGCGUGUCGUUUUUCAUUGACCUACAGAGUGGUGGAAUGCAGAUAAAGUGCAUCACAGGACUGUGAGCUUUCACUUUGAAACUGCAUUUCAGCAGAAAAUGAGUUGGGUCCAGUUUGCGGUGGACUGGGGCCGGGCAGAAGGGAACCGCCAUUGCUCGAAUUCAUGUACUCUGUGUUUCUGAUUCUUCCCUUCAGGCUUGAAGAAAGAGUCUUUCGGCCAAAUGCCUUCAUCGCCGUAGUUACGCUGAGUAGCCCUUGCAUCGCAUGGGAGGGAGAGUGUUACAAACCUUGCCGUGGGACCACAGGCUAGAGAGGUGAAAGUCCUGGAGAAACGGUCAGAGCUGGUUUGCGAGGGGACUUGGCUGUCAGUGCGUACUGAGAACAGAAAAUUCUCAACAUUCUGAAACGGGUUGGAGGAAGGAAACAAACUGAGGCUGAAGGAGCCGCGCUGGCCUGGAGAGCCGACCGCAGCGGACGCGUGUGCGGUUGGUGUGUCAGUGUAGGGACUGACACCUGGGAGCUGCUUUUUGAAAACUGCACAGAUUGCCCGUGUGGUCCAUGCUGCUCAGUGAGCAGUCCAAGGGGAGAGCUUCGAAACACCUGGGGGCGAAAGUGCUGCUGUUAAAAUGUCACAUUUUCUGAAAAUGAGCAUCGUAUUUUCUUUUUCCUAUAGCAAUGCAAAUAGAUUUGGAAUUGAUGUACGUGGGUCCUGCUGAGGUGUAAAUACGCCUAAUUUAUAUUUAUAUAUGAAAAGUGCAGUGUCUGCUGUAAACACUGUAAGUGUUUGACCGUUGGGAUGGAGGUUUCUUCAAUGUGCAGAUGGGAAGUACCUUUCUGGGUUUCGGGGGGUGCGCAGGGAGGGAAGGACUGGGAGGGGUGCGGCGGCGCUGCAGCCGGGGCUGCUGUGCCAGGGGGAUCCGCCAGGGGGAUCCGCCAGGGGAAUCCGCCAGGGGAAUCCCCCAGCGUCCUGCAAUUAGUACUGAUAGGGAAUGCGAUUUUUCUUUUAAGUGCGUGGUUUUCUGUUCCUAUAAACGUUAACUGAGCUUUUUGAAGCUGAAAAGAAAUAUUCAACAGAAGUAGAGAGUAAAGCUAUUGCUGGCUACAGUGGGAGUGUGAGUUAGGUCUGUCUUUCCCUCUGCAGCAAAAGAAUCUAACUACACUUUUAGAGAAAUCCUCGGAGUUCUAUCUCUAGUGUCUUGGGACUUAAGCUGAUAUUGUAUCUGAGAGAUAAUUGGAGUAACGUUUAAUUGAUCCAGUAUCUUUUUGGAAAGAAGGAAAAUGAUUUUUAAAGGAAUUAAACCCCCGGUUUUCUCCCUGCUUGUUUUGAUUUUGCUGUAAGUCUCUGAUGGUUUCUUCUGUAUCGUCGCUCUUGGCUUCUACAAGAGAGAAGAAAAUUAUUUUUAUAUUAACUAGGUUUACUUUUCAACUGGUCACUCAAGUUUUUAGUUGAGACAUGUUUUUAAUCUGAAAGAAUAGGCAGAAAUAUACUGUUUGUAUGAUGGUGUGAGUGUUUUUGUGUGGUUUUUGACUCGUUGAUCCUCCUUCAGUACGGAGAGCAUCAUCUGGAGCUGUAAAAUCCGCAGGUGGGUUUCUGUCACUGAGGAUGUAACUCGUGCUGAGGUUUUAGCUGGGAGGAUGUGGGUAGGAAACCAGGUUUUCUGAGUUUUUGUGCCUCCAGUUGAAUAAAGUUCCAUGUCUUACGUA